AAUUAUUUAUUUUUAGUGAAUUAUUAACACUAUGCAUUUGCAAUUAUUUCUUUUAAAUCUUUUAACAAUGAUUUAGUGCUUCUAAAUUUAAUAUAAUGGUGAACUUGGUGAAAUAAGUGUGUGCAGAACAAUAUCAAAACCGGCAAGAUGGUCGACUCUAUUGCAGAUAGGGUUCCGGACCAUGUCUUAGAAGUGAUAUUUUCAUAUUUAGAUUUGCACGAACUAAGAAAUUGUUCAUUGGUGUGUAAAAAUUGGUACAGAUUUUUGAAUGAUGAAAACAAUGACGUAUGGAGAAUGCACUGUAUUAGUAAGCUUGCAGAAGAAGCAUUGAAAUCUGAUUUGUUAUCUUCUCUCCCUACUUAUAAAUCAAAAUUACGAGCUUUUUAUCAUGCAUGGAAUCCUAAUGACUGUUCAAGAAAUGUCUACAUAAAGCCCAAUGGAUUUACAUUACAUAGAAAUCCGGUUGCUCAAAGCACAGAUGCAUCCCGAGGUAAAAUAGGUUUUCGUCAUGGUAGACAUACUUGGGAAGUCAUAUGGGAAGGCCCACUUGGAACUGUAGCUGUUAUUGGAAUUGCAACGAAAGAUGCUUCGCUGCAAUGCCAUGGAUAUGUUGCUUUGUUGGGAUCAGAUGAUCAAAGUUGGGGUUGGAAUUUAGUAGACAAUCAUUUGCUUCAUAAUGGUGAUGCGCAAGGAAAUUAUCCAUUAUUAAAUAAUGCACCGAAAUAUCAAGUUGGUGAACGAAUACGAGUUAUACUAGACUGUGAUGAUAACACAUUAUCCUUUGAGAAAAAUUAUGAAUUUUUAGGUGUUGCAUUUCGAGGUUUGCCAGAGAAAAAACUGUAUCCAACUGUUUCAGCUGUAUACGGGAAUACUGAAGUGUCUAUGAUAUAUCUAGGUCCUCCAUUAGAUGGCUAACAUGCACUUUUUAGACCUGUUGCAGGUCAAUUCUGGAGAGAGAUAAAGAUCUGUACUUAUAAAUUACUGUUUUUUAAAAUUUCUAAUCCAUAU